CUGCACGUUUGCCGACGAGCGGCGUGCAUCCCCUCCCAAGUGGGCGGGGCUGGAUGGCUGGCUGGUGACGGAACGUGGAGACAGCCUGGGGGCGGGGCCACGACGUUUGGCGCGAAAUUUUCUUUUCACCCUCUUCUCUACUUUCCCAGGUAGGCUCCCGCUUUGUCUCCGGCGUGCGGUCAGUGGCUGUAAGAGGAGUCCAGCUGGGGCAGGUUAGAAUUGCUGCGGCUCCACGAGCUCCUGAAGCAGAGACGGUGGAAUCGGAGGGCUUAGGCAACUGCCUGUUUUGCCUGGUUGCAUUGUGGAAAGGUGAAAACAUCCAAGUUUACUACUGACAGUUCUGUGUUAGAUCAUCCAUUAAAAGAAACAUAUAUUGUAAGGAGCCAUGGCAUACUACCCUACAAGGCUGAAGACCAGACAAACUUACUCGUGGGUUGGCAGGCCAUUGUUGGAUCAAAAACUACACUACCACAUCUACAAAGAAAUGAGUGUCAAAAUAGAAGGUAGUUUGACUGAGAUUCACAUCCAAGUUGGACAAUUCGUGUUGAUUGAAGGGGAUGAUGAUGAAAAUCCAUAUGUUGCUAAAUUGGUUGAGUUGUUUGAAGAUGAUUCUGAACCUCAUUCCAAGAAACGUGCUCGAGUCCAGUGGUUUAUCAGAUUCUGUGAAGUGCCUGUCAGUAAACGGCAUUUGCUGGGCCGGAAGCCUGCAGCACAGGAGAUAUUCUGGUAUGAUUACCCUGCCUGUAAUAGCAACAUUAAUGCUGAGACCAUCAUUGGCCAUGUGCAGGUAGUAGCAUUAGGCCCAGAUGAAGUGUUACCUAUGGAUCUGAAAGAUGAGAAGAUACUCUUUGUGAAACUGUCUUGGAAUGAGAAGGCAUUCAGACCACUAUCCCCAGAACUAUUUGCAGAGUUUGAUAAGCUACAAGAAGGCAGCCCGAGGAGCCAGAAGCCUGUGGGAGUCAAGACCAAGAACAUAGAAAGCCCUUCUAGGACCACAGCACAGCAUGCGAUCAAAAGGAUUGAAUCAAGGCAUUCUACCUCCAAAUCUCGCCGAACUCCUUCUCAUCCUGUCACCCCAAGGGCAAAGAAGAAACUGGAGCUCAACGGUUUCCCUAGGACACCCAACACUAGGAUUUCCCAGCAGAAUUCAGGGGCCUCGUUGGAUUCUCCUGGAAGAAGUAAACGAAAAGUGACCCUCUCUGAAAUCACCUCACCUACUAAGAGGUCUCAGCCUGAUAGACUUCAUACCUCGUCUCCAGCUCUGAAAGCCCCGCAGAAAACUGGAGAGAUUCAAAGCUCAUGUGCCAAGAAUGACAAGAAGGCUUCACCUGACUAUCACAGGAUCCUGAGAAUCCGAGUCCCAACUUUGAAAACCACAGAGAUUUGUGAGGAAAGAACACUUACCCCUAUCAGGGGGGGCUGGAAAUCCUCGGUGCCUUCUGUGGUUCUGAAACCAGAAAACAUCAAAAAGAGGGAGGCAGAAGAACCAGAGGCUCAGGAUGGAGCUACCACUACCCCCCAUCGGAUCCAUAGAAAGAGUUCUCUCUUGACUUUGAAUCGGAUUAGGCAGCAGCUUCGGUUUUUAGGUAAUAGUAAAAGUAACCAAGAAGAGGAUGAGUUUCUGCCGGCAGCAGAGAUUUCAGACUCUAGCAGUGAAGAGGAAGAGACUUCCACACCACCCCUUCCAAGGAGAACAUCCAGUAGGGUGUCCAGGAACCUAUGCUCUUCCAUGAAGUCAUCCUUACAGACCCCCUCAAAGACACCAAAGAAAACUCCCAAGCCUAGUACGCCACGUCAUGCCACUCCCCAGAUCCGUAGCCGAAACCUGGCCGCCCAGGAGCCAGCCAGCGUACUGGAGGAGGCCCGGCUGAGGCUGCAUGUUUCUGCUGUACCUGAGACUCUUCCCUGUCGGGAACAGGAAUUCCAAAACAUCUACAACUUUGUGGAGAGCAAACUCCUUGACCAUACGGGAGGGUGCAUGUACAUCUCCGGGGUCCCUGGGACAGGGAAGACUGCCACUGUGCACGAGGUGAUACGCUGCCUGCAGCAGGCAGCCCAAGCAAAUGACGUUCCUCCCUUUCAAUACAUCGAGGUCAAUGGCAUGAAGCUGACAGAACCCCACCAAGUCUAUGUGCAAAUCUUGCAGAAGCUGACAGGCCAAAAGGCAACAGCUAACCAUGCGGCAGAACUGCUGGCAAAGCGAUUCCUCACCCGAAGGUCCUCUCAGGAAACCACUGUGCUGCUCGUGGAUGAGCUCGACCUUCUAUGGACUCAGAAACAAGACAUAAUGUACAAUCUCUUUGACUGGCCCACUCACAAGGAGGCCCAGCUUGUGGUCCUGACCAUUGCCAACACAAUGGAUCUGCCAGAGCGCAUCAUGAUGAACCGGGUAUCAAGCCGACUGGGUCUUACCAGGAUGUCCUUCCAGCCCUAUACUCACAGCCAACUGCAGCAGAUCCUAAUAUCCCGACUCAAACAUGUAAAGGCCUUUGAGGAUGAUGCCAUCCAACUGGUAGCUAGGAAGGUAGCAGCCCUUUCUGGAGAUGCACGACGCUGCCUGGACAUUUGUAGGCGUGCCACAGAGAUCUGUGAGUUCUCCUGCCAGAAGCCCGACUCCCCUGGCCUGGUCACUGUAGCUCACUUGCUGCAAGCAGUAGAUGAGAUGUUUUCGUCAUCAUAUAUCACUGCCAUCAAAAACUCCUCUGUUCUGGAACAGAGUUUCCUGAAAGCCAUACUUGCUGAGUUCCGGCGAUCAGGACUAGAAGAAGCAACAUUUCAACAGGUAUACAGUCAACACGUGGCACUGUGCAGAAUGGAGGGACUUCCGUACCCUACCAUGUCAGAGACAAUGGCAGUGUGCUCUCAUCUAGGCUCUUGUCGCCUUCUCCUUGUGGAGUCCAGCAGGAAUGACCUGCUCCUUCGCGUGCGGCUCAAUGUCAGCCAGGAUGAUGUGCUGUACGCGCUGAAGGAGUGAAGAGCUUCACAAGGAAGGACUGUGAUCAGAUGUUUUCAAAGAGCUUGAUUUCCUUUUUCUAAGCACAUCAAAUUGUAGCAAAGUAUACUGAAUGGAAAUGGCUGUCAUGUAUUUUGGAAUUUUCCAUUAAAUAAUUUGCUUUUUCUAGAGUGUUUGAGAAGUUUGCAGACAUUACAAACAUGAGAUUAUAAAACCAAACCAUCCUUCCUACUAUAAGCCCUCCUUGUGAUUUUUAUUUGUUAGUGGCCCUGCCAUUUACUUAAUGGUAAGGUGGUAUAUACACAAUUAUAUGUAUCUGUAUAAAAUAGUUGUGGAAGAAUAUGUAAGAAAUUGGUUACAUUGGUUCCCUCUGGAAAAGAACUAGAUGGCUAUGGUCAGGGAUUAGAGGAAGACUUACUGUAUGUCCUGUAUCUUUUUAACAAUGUAAAUAUAACAAACUUAGUUUAUAAAAAAGAACUGCUGGAAAUAGUAUCAGUGACAAAUAAUCCAUACCAACAAAUAGCUAGAAAAUAUAAUUUUUAAAAGUUAUCAUAAAAACAAAUAUUUAAAUAAAUUUAGAAGGCACAAAAUAUAAGGUAUCAAGAAAUAUAUGUAAUAAAGAGAUGUAAUUAAUCUCUAAAUACAGAUCUAUUGCAGUCAAAAUCUUGGCAGGGUUUUUUGUGUUACUUUGCAAUUCUCAUAUUUAUAUUUCCAGCCAACAAUGGAAUGGACAUCUAAAACCUCCUUAUGAUGUAAUAAUCAUGCCAGGAGUAUUUGACCCAAAUCUGCUGAUGAGAAAAUUAUCAGAUAAAUCAAAAUUGGGGGAAAAUAUUACGCAAAGCAACUGUUCCUCUUCAAAAAUAGUAUCACAAAAGACCAAAAAACCAUGGGAGAAUAGGGAAAUGAGACAUAGCUAAAUGUACUGUGUGAAACUUGAUUGGGUCUGGACUUAAGAGAUACAAUUAUAAACAAAACUAUGGACUAUAUAUUAUGUAAGUAUUAUGUAAAUGUGAAACUUUGUGAGUGGAAAAUACCGUAGUUAUAUAGGAGAAUGCCCUUGUUCUUAGGAGAAUUAUGAUGAAAUAUUUAUGAGUGAAAUAGAAUAUCUGCAAAUCUCAAACAAUUCAGAAAAAAAUAUGCACAUAUAUUUAUAACUGCAUAUAAAGGAGGAUCCGUAUCAGAAUGAAGAAUUACAUAAUAAAAAGGAAAAAUGAGUCAUCUACAAAGAAACCUGAAUGACCAACAAAAUGGCAACAUAGUAAAUGAGACUUGCAAGCCAAAACAUUUCCACAUGUAUUAGAGAAGGUUUCCAUGACAAUAAGGCAACAACUGGAACCCAAACGCCCCACUGAUGGGAAUAUAAAUUGAAACUACUUUGGACAUAAUUUGGUAAUAUCUAAUCUGGAAAAUGCAGAAAUCCUAUGAGCCAGCGAUCCCACUCCUACCCUAAAAAACAUGUGUACCCCAGGAGUUGUGUACAAGAAUGUUCAUUGUAGGGGUACCUGGGUGGCUCAGUCAGUUAAGGUCAGACUUUGGCUCAGGUCAUGAGCUCACAGUUUAUGGGUUCCAGGCCUACGGCGGGCUCUAUGCUGACAGCUCAGCUUUCCACUCUAUUGUACUGGUUUUUUUCUUAAACUGUGGUAGGCACCUUCGUAUUUAUGUCAAUUCACACAAAAAAUAGGAACUAUUUAUUUUGAGUACCUACCAUGUCUAUGCAUGCACUGCUCUAGGCACCGGAGAGAACUUGGGAGAAUUUUAUGCUUUUAUGGAGAUUGCAUUCAAGCAAAUAUUGUAGAUCUGUGUAUAUAUUAAAUAUUUCUUUAUAAAACGUUUAAUGAGAAGAAA